AUGAUCAUAAAUGUGAGAGAUUCGACCAUGGUACGACCGUCCGAGGAGGUUACACGACGGACGGUGUGGAACUCCAACGUUGAUUUGGUGGUACCGAAUUUUCACACGCCUAGUGUUUAUUUCUAUCGAAAUAAUAGUGCGUCGAAUUUCUUUGACGCCAAAAUUAUGAAAGAAGCUCUCAGCAAAGUGCUUGUUCCUUUUUAUCCAAUGGCUGGUCGUCUUCGUCGUGAUGAAGACGGCCGUGUUGAGAUUGAUUGUGAUGGUCAGGGAGUGCUCUUUGUGGAGGCUGAUACAAGCGGAGUUAUCGAUGAUUUUGGUGACUUUGCUCCUACACUUGAGCUCCGUCAGCUUAUUCCAGCCGUUGAUUAUUCGCGUGGAAUCCAAACGUAUCCCCUUCUAGUGUUACAGGUAACAUAUUUCAAAUGUGGAGGAGUAUCACUUGGUGUUGGUACUUUUGAUGAACUCUAUGCAAAUGUUAAUGAGACUUGUUUCACCUUACAAUAG